AUGUCAGCACGUCCCAGGGUAUUCGCUACUAGAAACAUUCCUUCCCCCGGGAUGGAUCUACUUAAGAGUGAGUGCGACGUCACAAUAUGGCCCCAUGGUCGUAUCAUAAGCCACGAGGAGCUAACAGAAAAUGUAGCAGGUGUGGAUGGGAUUCUCUGUCACUAUAUAAACACCAUUGAUGAACAGGUCCUUGACGCGGCUGGUCCAAAUCUCAAGGUCGUGGCAACGUUUGCAGUUGGGUACGACUUGAUUGAUGUUGAAGCAUGUCACAAGCGAAACGUCCAGGUUGGUCACACUCCAAAUGUGUUGUCUGAUUCUGUGGCUGAACUAGCAGUUGCUCUGCUCCUAGCUUCGUCACGUAGACUGAAAGAAGGCAUGGCUGACAUCACAAAUGGUCAAGCUGAUGGCAAGUGGGAGAGUGGUCUUUACCUAAGUGGUCCUGAGACCAAGGGCUCAACCGUUGGAAUCAUUGGGCUUGGAAGAAUUGGCCUAGCAGUUGCUAAGCGUCUAAAAGGGUUCGACGUUGCCAGAUUUCUCUAUUAUGACAUUGCAGAAGUUCCUUUGGCGGUCGAGGUCUCCGCAGAGUUUGCAUCGUUCGAAAGGCUUUUAUCAGAAUCAGACUUUGUAUUAGCAUGUUGUUCCAGUAACUCCGAUAACUAUGGUUUAUUUGACAAGGAGGCGUUUAAGAAGAUGAAAAAUUCAGCUGUAUUUGUCAAUGUCACACGAGGGAUUCUUGUCAACCAAGAUGAUUUGUAUGAAGCUUUGACUACUGGUCAAAUCUUUGCCGCCGGACUUGAUGCAACAACUCCUGAACCUAUAUCUAAGAACCACCCAUUGGUCAAACUAGACAACUGUAUUAUACUGCCACAUAUUGGAAGUUCGACAACUACUACCAGAAACAACAUGUCUAUACUGACAGCAAAGAACAUUUUGGCCGGCCUAAAGGGAGAAGCUCUUAUCCAGUGUGUAAAAAAGAAGGCUUAA